AUGGCCCCCCGACCGCCCAGCUCCUCCGCCCCCAAGCCCUCCGCCCGCGCCCUCCGCCAGGCCCGCGUCGACGGCACCAUCCACCCCCUCCUCCCCUCCAAGCUCUUCCGCCCCGACGCCGCCGUCUCCGACUCCUUCCUCUCCACCAAGCGCGACCGCCGCACCAUCCGCCGCUCCGUGUUCGUCUCCCGCGUCGCCGACUCCUCCUCCUCUGCCCGCGCCUCCUCUGGCGGCACCACAACCUCCUCAGGCCGCAUCUCGCGCCGCAAGAGCCAAAAGAGCCGCGAGGCCAAGAACCGCCUCGGCAACCUCUCCGCCCUGGCCAGCGCCCUCGACGACCUCGAAGGCGAGGGCUACGGCGGCGGCGCGUCAGGUGACGAUGCGGACGGCGGUAGGGACGCGGGCGAGGCCGCCAAGGCGGGGCGCAUUCGUCACCGCAGCAUGAAGAUGACCAAGGGCGCGCUCAAGCGCAAGGAGAGGAUCGUGCGCGGCGAGAUGCAGCGCUUUGGCGUCAGCAUGGCCAAGCUUGCAGAGACGGGCGCCGGCGCUGCCGCUUCGACGUCGGCGGCUACCCCGUCAGCUGGCCUGUCUGGCGUCAAGGAGGCCGGCAAAUCGAGGGCCAAGGCUGGCGACGUCGCCAUGACAGAGGGCGCGAAGGAACAGCCGCAACAACCCACAGAGACGGGCAACAGGUGGGCGGCCUUGCGAGGCUACAUCUCCUCCACCAUGGAGCAGAACCCCGCGUUCAAGAAGUAG